AUGUCUCCGCCACCGCCUAUCGCCGGAGUCCCCUUGGCCGGCGUGCUGCUGCGCUGUCCUGCUGGCAGGCUUCACCCCGCGACUUCUGGCGCCCUGCUAUCCGGCUUCGCGCUCCCACGCCCAUUGCCUCCUAUGAUACGGCCUGUCGUACGACUCCGACUGCCGGGAGGCCCUCCAGGGACAUUAGAGGGCGCGCAGUGGCUGUAUUUGAUGAGUGGCAAGUGGCGUGUAGCGCGUGAUUGA